CAUAUAGUAUAUGUAGCGCAGAAGAGGUGUAGUAGUCGUAGUAGAGGCGUAGUGGCGUAGACGAGCUUGAGCAGCAGAACGGUGGAGUGCGGACUGCGUGCGAGAGAGAGAGAGGCCACGAGUGUGCUUGUGUGUCCGGGGCGGCCAUUGCGGGUACCUUGUGUCUUGUGGAGCAGCAGCGGAGAGAGAGAGAUCGUGCAGCGACAGCGGCGUUGUGGCUGCUUCGACGAAGUACACCGUUGGCUCGAGCUUGGCGCGCGCGCGCUCGUGUGUACUGCAAGAGAUAAGCUGGCCCCUGCUGGAGUAGCGUAGUUGUAGCCUCAUUUUAUCGAGUGCCGUCUGUGUGUGGAGCCUCUUCCUUCGAUUGACGUCGUCGUGCGGAGAGCGAGAGAGAGAGAGAGAGAGAGAGACAGACAGAGAGAUUGGAGUUUGGUAGUGUACGCGAAUCGGCCAUCACGCAUCCGCCGCCGCCACGAGGGACUCCGAGAAGUUACAUUACACACACGGAUAGAGAGAGCGAGAGGGAGAGAGAGACCAAGCCCAGCAUCAUCGCAGUGUAGAGGCAGCAGCAAGUAGCCCCGUUUUUUCGCGCGCGCGCGCUCUCCUCUCUCCCCCCCGUUUUGUGUGCGUGUGCGUGUGCGUGUGCGUGCGAGGCCAGGAGUGUGCAGUGCACUUGCUCCUAAACGAGUUUUCUCCUCUCUCACGCUCCGUCUUCUUCAACUGUCCGUGGGACAGUCGUACAGACAAGCACCAAGUGAAAACAACACACCGGCCCCAUGUCUGAACUCGAGAAGCUCAACAUCGACAACAUAAUCGCGCGACUCUUGGAAGUGAGAGGAGCGCGACCAGGCAAAAAUGUUCAGUUAACAGAGGGAGAGAUUCGAGGACUGUGCCUCAAGUCCCGUGAAAUUUUUCUAUCGCAGCCCAUUCUUCUGGAACUCGAGGCACCCCUCAAGAUAUGCGGUGACAUUCAUGGACAAUACUAUGACCUGCUCCGACUCUUUGAGUAUGGAAGCUUUCCUCCAGAGAGCAAUUACCUCUUCCUAGGUGAUUACGUAGACAGAGGAAAGCAGUCGUUAGAAACCAUUUGCCUCCUCCUCGCCUACAAGAUCAAGUACCCAGAGAAUUUCUUCCUGCUCAGAGGAAAUCAUGAGUGUGCAUCCAUCAACAGGAUAUACGGUUUCUACGAUGAAUGCAAACGUCGUUACAACAUCAAAUUGUGGAAAACCUUCACAGACUGCUUCAACUGCUUGCCAGUUGCGGCGAUCGUGGACGAGAAAAUUUUCUGCUGUCAUGGCGGCUUGAGUCCCGAUCUCCAGAGUAUGGAACAGAUCAGGCGCAUUAUGCGACCCACCGACGUUCCCGAUCAGGGCCUUCUUUGCGAUCUGCUCUGGUCGGAUCCAGACAAAGACACGAUGGGCUGGGGCGAAAACGAUCGUGGUGUCUCCUUCACGUUUGGUGCCGAAGUCGUGGCCAAAUUCCUUCACAAACAUGAUUUUGACCUUAUUUGUCGUGCGCAUCAGGUUGUCGAGGAUGGCUACGAGUUCUUUGCUAAGCGACAGUUGGUGACGUUGUUCUCGGCGCCUAACUACUGUGGCGAGUUCGACAACGCAGGCGCCAUGAUGUCCGUGGACGAUACGCUCAUGUGCAGUUUCCAGAUCCUGAAGCCCGCUGACAAGAGGAAAUUCACGUAUGGUGGCCUGAACGCUGGGCGGCCAGUCACGCCGCCACGCGGCGCCAACAACAAGAACAAAAAGAAGUGAAACGACCGAGUAGAUAUUGUUCGAACGCGACACUUAGGAUCUUAAGAUCUCUCUCUCUCUCUCCCCCUGACUCCUCCCAGCCCCAGCCAAGAAAUUCCAUCAUCCUUUAAGACUCUUAAGUCCUUGUAAGAAAGAGUAAUUAAAAGUCUACUACUACAAAGUACAUUCAUAAAAGAAAAUAAUGAUGAUAACAAAAACGCAAAACAAACACCUGCGCGAAGCCAUCCAUGAAAGCAAUGAUAUAAAUGCAGAAAUCACUUCUGGAUAUAAGCAUCAUUGUAAUCGUAUUUUAGAGCUUUGGCAAAUGUUUUUGACAUAAAUAUUUUAAUCUUUGAUUCGCAUCAUCGUCUAAAUGAGCAAGAAACCCGACGCGACGUCGACGUUAUCAAUCGAGAAGCUUUUUUAUUUUUUUGCAUGUUCGAGUAGGUGGCCUUCAGGAAGCGCAAUGAUUGAAAUGUGUGGCGGCGACAUGUGUUUAUUAUAUAUAUAUACGCGCGCGUUCAAGAGACGCUAAGCAAAAAACGGAGAUUCGAAAAGCCAGGAGGCUCUUGUAUAGUUGUUAUCUAUUCUAAAGUAGCGUAUUAAUUCAUUUUAGUCGGACAACAAAAAAUUCGAGGAAAAGAUUACGAGCGCUUUGAGUAAAAGACGUUUCCUUUGGACAUAACUAUAUAGAUGUAAUAUGUAGUCUCUCGAUGUCGCUCGUGAACAAAGGGAAAGCAUGCGGCGGCGGCUAUAUGUAUAGGUGCUCGCUCUCGCCGUUUCUUUGUAGUCUCGAAACGAUCGAGUCCUUAUUUUUUUGCUAUUAUCGCGCAAAAACGUAGAUGUCAUUGUAACUCUUCUGAAUAUCACCUGCCCGAAGCUCUAUUCUUUUACUCACAUACACACAACACAGAAAUAUACACGGAAACAUAGGCAUAAACUUGCGAAUGCAAAAGGAAAAAAAUAUUCCGCGGCAGCGGUGUUACUCUGCACAGCCGCGAUGCGCCCAAUGCCAACAAUGAGCGUGCCUGUUAUUUUUUUCGGUUGUAAUUGAUAUAUAAAUAUACACAUUUAAACAUAAAUCUGAUUUAAAAAAAAAAAUAAUGAAAAGACCACUUGAAUACAGCUUUCUCGAAUUCUCCUGAUAAAUUUCUUUUUUAUACAAACAAAACUGAAUUCAACAUAUUACAACAUAUUUCAAAAUAUUACUCCAAAAAUUAUGAUUCAUAGUUACGCUGAUGCAAGGUCUUCGUCAAUGUAGUCAGAGAGACCAAUAUAGAAUUAACGUAAACUGAUUGAAGUAAAACAAAACAACUCGAGACACUUUUUCCCCGGAACGUAAUAAGAAAAGGUUGAGAUCGUUGUAGGCUAAAAAAUGUAUUAGUGAAGGAUUAAUUAUAUUAUAUACAUACACACACAUAUAUAUAUAUAUAUAUAUAUAUAUAUAAUAAAUAUAUAUAUAUAUAUAUAAAUAUAUAUAUUAAAAGAGUCAUCACAAAAUAUCUAACGUUUGCGCGUUGAGGCAAAGAAGGUCCAGGCAAACUGUGUUAAAGUGCUUUCAAACGAGCGCAAAGUCGAGAAUAAUAAUACAUUUCACGUUCGCUCGUUUGAAAUGAACUUUGCCGUGAGCCCUUUGAGAAUGCGUUUCGACGAGAUUCAGAAUACACUUGUUACCGACGAUCCACUAUACAAUUCUCGCGUCUAUUUUUAUCAGAAAUAACAAUGAUGAUUUUUUAAUUCGAAUAAAUUAUUCAAGGUUAUUCGAGGAUACCCCAACUGGAUCGUCCGUAACAAAAGAUUUGACCUAUAUACCAGUAAUGUACGGGGUUCAAAAAUAGUGAAAAAUCACGAGAGUUAUUAAACAGCUGAAGAAUGUAGUAAAUCUCAAGGUCCGUGCGAGCGAACACUUUAUCAUCAUCCUUAUCUCAUCUACAAGAAAAAAAAUUGCAACAUACAUAUAUACAUACACCUCAUCAUUCAUCGUUCCACGUUCGCAGGCUAAUGUGUCGUUCUGUCAUCGGAGAAGUAUAAUAUAACGUUCAUUCCCAUCGUCGUCUCUAUACACGUUUCGUAUAUUCAAAAGAUAGUCUAAACCCCCUUGAAAAUGAAGAAAACAAGACAUGAGCACUUACGUUUUCCUUGAGCACAGUAUAACAAGUAGUUUCAUUAAUACUGACGCCGUUGUAUUGACAGGAGAAAUAACGAGGAAAUAUGUGAACGACUAGUAACGACUUAUUAUAGGGGCAUGAAAAAAAAAACAUUAAUUAGACAAGCGCUCCCAAUCAUUGUACAUUUAUUUUUUUUCUAAAUAAAAUUUCAUCUCAAAACCUACCCUGUCAUUUAUUCAUUCUCCAAGCGUCAUAUCGAAUUGAAAAUUUUUGUUUCUGAAAAUUUCUAAAACAAAAGAAUGAAAAGUUCUUUCUGCGUAUACUUUGUGUCUACUCAACAAUGCUUGCAAACACAUGCUUCUUUUCAGUAUUAUACAAAAGAGUCAAUCGCAGACGAAUGGCUGAAAAAAAACAGAUUUUUUAUUAUAAUUUUCUAUUGUCGAAGCCAUUCAUCUGCGACUGCGAAUUUUUUUACAACUGCUGCGCAUCUAAAAAUAUAUUUUUAUCUAUACAUAUUUUAUUGUCAAAAAAAAAGUCACUUUGAUUUUCAUACGCAAAAUGAUACUUGUUAUAAUUCUUCACACAUACGUCACGUAAUACAUAUACGCAUAUAUAUACAAGAGAUUGCUGCUGCACUGAUUUUGCGCAUGAUAGAAGCUCCCAAACUGGCGCGUAGUAAGAUACUGCAAUAUUAAACGAUUAAAAAAAAACACGCACCAAUAGUGAUUUCCGUGUAAGUAGUUGCGCAUCAGGGGGUGAUAGCGACUGACUUCAUCUUCCGUCGAAGCGAGAUGGGAGCUUGCGGAUUUUCGCUUUCGAUUUUCGUAUAUAUUCACCCACACACACACACACACAAGCAAUAAUAAACAAAAAAAAAAUAGAACCGAGCGAAACUAUACAAUAUAUUCAACGUGGAUAAUACAGGGAGAGCGAAAAGAAGAAAUAUAAUAAAAAAGCAAGUAUACAUGCACACGGAUAGCCUUUGAUUGUCGUGUAAAAAAGCACAGAUUUUUCGUUAUUUGUACAAUUGCGUGUAUGUAUCGUUGACUAUAGACAAGAUGACCCAUAUAGGUAUAGAUUAGGCUAGUGUAGGCACUGCAUUAUAUAUUAUAUGUCGUUUUACAAAUCUAAGUUGCACGUAAUUGCUGAGCAAAUAUAUUUCGAAAUUGUUUUUGCCAAACGAGCAAAUGCAUAACGCUUAAAAGCAGUAUCACACACAUGCACAUUUAUGUGUUUAGUUUUAAGCGAUAAAGAACAAAACAUGUAUACUCAACAAUUUACUAUCUCACACUUCUAUUUCUCUCUAUCCUUAUCUCAGAGCUUUUUUACGCCGAGUGUGUAGCCAAAAUAUAAAUGGUCGAAAUCAAAAUUUCGUUCCUCAUACACCAAUCGAUUAUGAUAUAGACACGUAAAAAUAUAAAUACCAUAAUUAUAUAUAAAUGUAGGCUUCUUUUCUAACGAGAUACCUAGUUCUUGUCUUUAAAUUUGUAGCUAUCAGUGAAAACCAAAUAUGUAACAGAACAAAAAAAAAAUGCAAAAAAAACAAGGUGCAAGAGACGAUGGAAGUAUGAAAUUAAUAAAAACGCGUUACUCGAUCAAGUGGACAGACAAAAAGGUUGAUCUAUAUAUUGCGCGGUGACGUGUGUUACGUUGCAGCGCGCAAUGAAACAUGUGAGCUGUGCGAAAACUCGAGCAAACGUACUCGACAUAAUGUGUAUUAGGUAUAUAUCGCAAGGAGGACACUUUUUUUGAGAGCACUGGUGUAUCGUUGCAAAUGUGUUUUAUUAUUGUAUAAGACUUGAGACUGUAUGAGAGUGGUGCAGUGAAAAAUAAAGGCACUAUGGGCAUCAUCA